ACCUUAAAAAAGAAUUAUAUAUCACUCUUCAAGAUUCUUCUAAGAUAGUCUCAUAUAAUACUAAAUUGCAGAAUAGAUAUGAAAAACAAGAAAAAAAAAUUAAUCAGGAGAGAGAACAAUAG